GACGGGAAAUGAUUGAGUCUAAAAACUUCAAUUUUAGUAUAAAUAGUUAAUCUUGGAUUACGAUUAAGUAUCAGUUCAAUCGUUGACAAUUCAGAGUUAACAAUCAACUAAACUUUUAUUAGAAAGUUUUUAGUAACUUUUUUCUUUGUGUUUUCCAAAUCUAAAUCAUUAAUUGGAUUAAAUUGUUCACCAUUUUUCAUUAAUUGUGCAACGUUAAUAGCGACAAAUCUUUAGCCCAAAAUGAAUAUGCGAUUGGUUUUCCUUUUAGCCAUUUUCUCAAUGGUUCUCAUAAGCUUUGGUAAUUGUCAAUCAGAAGCUGAUCCUAAUGAAUUAGAAGAUGCUGAAGAUAAUUUUGAGGAUGAGGAAGCUGAAGAAGGUGUCGAGACUCGAGCCAAGAGAGAGAUUGGCUCAGAUUUAGAAGAAGCUGAAACAGGUUAUGGCGGUAAAGGAGGUGCUGGUGUUGUCGCUCACAAGGGAGGUAAAAAAGGAGCCGCUGCUGCAGGUUUCAAAGCUGGAAAAGCUGGCAAAGCUGGAUUCAAAGCCGGAGCUGCUGGUAAAAAGGGUGCUGCCGCUUUCGGUGCUGCUGGAGCCGCUGGAGGCAAGAAAGGAGCCGCUGUUAAGAAAGGAUUCGCCGCUGGUGCAUUCGGUAAGAAAUUCGGAAAGAAAGGAGGAUUCGUGAAAGCCGGAGGUGCUGGAUACAACAAGAAAAUCGGAGUAAUCAAGAAGUUCGGAGUUAGCCAAGGAUUCAAAUUCGGAAAGGCCGCUGGUUUCGGUGCUGCUGGUGGAGCCAUGGGUGGUAAGGCUGCUAAGGGUGGUUUCGCUGGUGCCGCUGGUGCUGCAGGAUUCAAGAAGGGCGCUAAGGGAGGCAAGAAAGGAUUCGCUGCUGGUGCUGGAUUCAAAGCCGGAGGAAAGGCAGGAGCCGCUGGUUCAGCUGGAUUCAAGAAGGCCGCUGGUGCUGCAGGAGCCGCUGGUGUCAAGAAAGGUGUCGCCGGAGGCAAAGGUUUCUUGGGUUACAUUUUCCUUUUAGCUAUUUUCUCAAUGGUUCUCAUAAGCUUUGGUAAUUGUCAAUCAGAAGCUGAUCCUAAUGAAUUAGAAGAUGCUGAAGAUAAUUUUGAGGAUGAGGAAGCUGAAGAAGGUGUCGAGACUCGAGCCAAGAGAGAGAUUGGCUCAGAUUUAGAAGAAGCUGAAACAGGUUAUGGCGGUAAAGGAGGUGCUGGUGUUGUCGCUCACAAGGGAGGUAAAGGAGCCGCUGCAGGUUUCAAAGCUGGAAAGGCUGGCAAAGCUGGAUUCAAAGCCGGAGCUGCUGGUAAAAAGGGUGCUGCCGCUUUCGGUGCUGCUGGAGCCGCUGGAGGCAAGAAAGGAGCCGCUGUUAAGAAAGGAUUUGCCGCUGGUGCAUUCGGUAAGAAAUUCGGAAAGAAAGGAGGAUUCGUGAAAGCCGGAGGUGCUGGAUACAACAAGAAAAUCGGAGUAAUCAAGAAGUUCGGAGUUAGCCAAGGAUUCAAAUUCGGAAAGGCCGCUGGUUUCGGUGCUGCUGGUGGAGCCAUGGGUGGUAAGGCUGCUAAGGGUGGUUUCGCUGGUGCCGCUGGUGCUGCAGGAUUCAAGAAGGGCGCUAAGGGAGGCAAGAAAGGAUUCGCUGCUGGUGCUGGAUUCAAAGCCGGAGGAAAGGCAGGAGCCGCUGGUUCAGCUGGAUUCAAGAAGGCCGCUGGUGCUGCAGGAGCCGCUGGUGUCAAGAAAGGUGUCGCCGGAGGCAAAGGUUUCUUGGGUUAAUCUAAUUGACGCGAUUGCAUUUUCCUUUUAGCCAUUUCCUCAAUGGUUCUCAUAAGCUUUGGUAAUUGUCAAUCAGAAGCUGAUCCUAUUAACCACCAAAAUUAGGAAGAGGACCAGUUGCAUAAACAGAACCACCAUUUCGUCCAAUAUAUCUUACAAGACGAUAACCGCCUGGGGCAUUACCAGGGUACUGACAGGAUAAAGAUGAUACAAGUCCCAUGAAAAUGAUGAUGGACAGGAAAAAAUUGAAAUUCACACGAAAAUUGAAACUCAUUGUCUUUCUUUAAAUUUAAACUGUUGAAAACUCUCACUUAUAUCAAGGUACAAAUACAACUAAAGUGCUUUGUUUUAUUCAAAUGAUUUCCCUUUCUAUUGAUUUUCCCACAAUAUUUGUUAUUUUAACCUCGAUAAUGUUAUCUGAAUAAACUGAAUAAAUUGUUACGUCAAUAUCCAUGAAA